AUGGAGUCCCUCAAGCAUGCACAAAAUGCCGAAAAGUUAAUCAACACCGUCAAUGAACGCUCUAACCUCGCCCGACGAGCGGAUUCUUUUCAUGAAGAACGGGACGCCGAUCAAGGCAGCCAGAUCUCCCUUAAUGCUUGCAUAUGGGGGCCGCACUUCAUUGGGAACAGGGUCCGAAGCCGCUACGACCGAUCGAUGGAAGAGGUGGGCACGACCCACGAGGCCAAUAUCUUCGUGAAGAACCUGUGGGAGGGACUCGCCGAAACCUUUCCGUCUACGGACAUCUCAGACACAAAGAUCGAAGUGAUUAUCCAAACAGUCGUUCGGCAUCAACCACGCGCCGUCUUUCACGAUAGGAAACCGGGUCUGGUGUACGAUAGAGUGCUGCUUUCACGAAACCUUCCGGCUGUCAUGAGCGUAGCCAAGGAUAUGAUACGAAAGCAUUAUGGCUAUGGCGGAUUUCAUGAGCUGGACGAUCAGAGCUUGUGGUAUUGGAAGAAAAGAGUUAGAAAUGGGCUUGGUUGGGAUAUUCCAGAAGACGACAUGGCUUUGCCUACGGAGGUGCAGACGCCUGGCUGUGAAACUCACCCGCAGUGGCUUGAACUCUUCCAGCCAACGUGA